CGGUCACCGUGCCGCCGCCGCGCCCUCUCACCACAGUUUGAAUGUGAAGCGCAGCCGGAGCUCUCUGAGCCGCCGCCGCCGCUUGGAGGAGGCCGACAGUUUCUGCCAAAAUGGAGCUGAGCGAUGCCAAUCUACAGACCUUAACUGAGUAUCUAAAGAAAACACUGGAUCCAGAUCCUGCAAUAAGGCGUCCUGCGGAGAAGUUUCUUGAGACAGUUGAAGGAAGCCAAAAUUAUCCAUUGCUGCUCUUAACGUUGCUGGAGAAAUCGCAGGAAAAUGUCAUCAAAGUCUGCGCGUCGGUAACUUUCAAGAAUUACAUCAAAAGGAACUGGAGAAUUGUGGAGGAUGAACCGAACAAAAUAUUUGAAUCGGACAGGAUAGCCAUUAAAGCCAACAUAGUGCCCUUGAUGCUUAGCAGCCCGGAACAAAUUCAAAAGCAGUUAAGUGAUGCCAUCAGUAUUAUUGGUCGGGAAGACUUUCCUCAGAAGUGGCCAGACUUGCUGACGGAAAUGGUGAACCGCUUUCAAAGUGGAGACUUCCAUGUCAUCAAUGGCGUCCUUCGUACUGCUCACUCCUUGUUUAAGAGGUACCGCCAUGAAUUUAAGUCAAAUGAAUUAUGGACAGAGAUCAAACUUGUUCUUGAUGCCUUUGCAUUGCCCUUGACAAAUCUCUUUAAGGCAACUAUUGACCUUUGCAGCACACAUGCAAACGAUGCCAGUGCUUUGAAGGUUCUCUUUUCUUCUCUCAUUCUAAUUGCGAAGCUGUUCUACAGUUUAAAUUUUCAGGAUUUGCCUGAGUUUUUUGAAGAUAACAUGGAAACAUGGAUGACAAAUUUUCAUAGUCUCUUAACUUUAGAUAAUAAACUUCUGCAGACUGAUGAUGAAGAAGAAGCUGGGUUGCUGGAGCUCUUGAAAUCUCAAAUUUGUGAUAAUGCUGCUUUGUAUGCUCAAAAAUAUGAUGAAGAAUUCCAGCCCUACUUGCCACGUUUUGUGACAGCAAUCUGGAAUCUGUUAGUCACAACAGGUCAGGAAGUGAAAUAUGAUUUGUUGGUUAGUAAUGCAAUCCAGUUUCUGGCCUCGGUUUGUGAAAGACCACAUUACAAGCAUCUGUUUGAAGACCAGAAUACAUUGACAAGCAUCUGUGAAAAAGUUAUUGUUCCCAAUAUGGAAUUUAGAGCUGCUGAUGAAGAAGCAUUUGAAGAUAAUUCUGAAGAAUAUAUAAGAAGGGAUUUGGAAGGAUCUGAUAUUGACACAAGGCGCAGAGCAGCUUGUGAUCUAGUCAGAGGCUUGUGCAAGUUCUUUGAAGGGCCUGUGACUGGAAUUUUUUCUGGAUAUGUUAAUUCCAUGCUUCAGGAAUAUGCAAAGAAUCCAUCUGUUAACUGGAAGCACAAAGAUGCAGCUAUAUACCUUGUUACAUCGUUGGCAUCCAAGGCUCAGACACAGAAGCAUGGAAUAACACAAGCCAAUGAACUUGUUAAUCUGACAGAAUUCUUUGUGAAUCACAUUCAGCCUGACUUAAAGUCAGCCAGUGUGAAUGAAUUCCCAGUGCUAAAAGCUGAUGGUAUCAAAUAUAUCAUGAUUUUUAGAAAUCAAGUACCUAAAGAGCAACUGUUGUUAUCUAUUCCUCUUUUAAUCAAUCAUCUUCAAGCAGAAAGCAUUGUGGUCCAUACUUACGCAGCACACGCUCUUGAAAGGCUGUUUACCAUGAGAGGAACAAACAAUACCACACUCAUUACAGCUGCAGAAAUGGCACCGUUUGUAGAAGUGCUGUUAACAAACCUUUUCAAAGCAUUAACGCUUCCUGGCUCAUCAGAAAAUGAAUACAUAAUGAAAGCAAUCAUGAGGAGUUUUUCUCUGCUACAGGAAUCCAUAAUUCCAUACAUCCCUUCUGUCAUCACACAGCUUACACAGAAACUACUGGCUGUCAGUAAGAAUCCAAGCAAACCUCACUUCAACCAUUACAUGUUCGAGUCAAUAUGCUUGUCGAUAAGGAUAACGUGCAAAGCAAACCCUGAUGCUGUUGGAAGCUUUGAGGAGGCUUUGUUCAUGGUGUUCACUGAGAUACUACAGAAUGAUGUGCAAGAGUUCAUUCCAUAUGUGUUUCAAGUGAUGUCCCUGCUUCUGGAAAUGCACAAAAAUGAAAUCCCAUCAUCCUAUAUGGCAUUGUUCCCUCAUCUACUUCAGCCAGUGUUAUGGGAAAGGACAGGAAAUAUUCCUCCUCUGGUCCGACUCCUGCAGGCUUAUUUAGAGCGAGGUGCCAACACAAUAGCAAGUGCUGCUGCUGACAAAAUUCCUGGGCUAUUAGGUGUGUUCCAGAAGUUGAUUGCCUCUAAAGCUAACGACCAUCAAGGAUUCUAUCUUCUAAACAGUAUUAUAGAGCACAUGCCCCCUGAAUCAGUUGACCAAUACAGGAAACAGAUCUUCAUUCUACUGUUCCAAAGACUUCAAAAUUCCAAAACAACAAAAUUUAUUAAAAGUUUCCUAGUCUUCAUUAACUUGUACUGUGUAAAAUAUGGAGCAUUAGCUCUUCAAGAAAUAUUUGACAGCAUACAGCCAAAGAUGUUUGGAAUGGUUCUGGAGAAAAUUAUAAUUCCUGAAAUACAGAAAGUGUCCGGACAAGUUGAAAAGAAAAUCUGUGCAGUUGGCAUUACAAAAAUAUUAACAGAAUGUCCUCCUAUGAUGGACACUGAGUACACCAAGCUGUGGACUCCUUUGCUGCAGGCACUCAUUGGCCUCUUUGAGCUGCCUGAGGAUGACACUAUUCCUGAUGAAGAACACUUCAUUGACAUAGAAGAUACUCCAGGAUAUCAGACUGCAUUCUCUCAGCUAGCCUUUGCUGGAAAGAAGGAACAUGAUCCUGUAGGUCAGAUGGUGAACAAUCCUAGAAUUCAUCUGGCACAGUCUCUUCACAAACUGUCUACUGCGUGUCCAGGCAGGGUUCCAUCCAUGCUGAGCACUAGUCUGAAUGCAGAAGCGUUGCAGUAUCUCCAGGGAUACCUCCAAGCUGCAAGCGUGACGCUGCUCUGAGCUGCGUGUCUUUCACAAGCAAGAUCAAAAGCUGUUUUGUUACACAGAAAGUUGACACUGACUUUUUUUUAUAGCAGCGCUCAGACAAAAUGAAAAAUGCUACUUGAAAAUGUAUAGCAGAAUCCAUCUUGUAAAAGAUAAAUGUGGCUUUAAGCAGGAAGAAUUUGGUGGUGUGCGUAAUCAUAGGUAAAAGGUGGUUAACUUCCAUUUGCAGUUUAAUUUCCAAGGGAGGAGGCACAGCGGUUUGUUUAUUUGAAAUCUGCAGCAUUUGGAUAAGUGUGACAUGAAUGGAGAGCACUGGCUGUAGAAACUCACUUCGGUCACUAAAAUUCCUUUUUAUUUUGAUGUUGUCCUUUGUAAUUCUUUUGUCUUUCCUUGAACUUUAUCUAAAUUGUGAAUAAAUAAGAAGUACUUGUUUAAAA